GGGAAGUUGGGUGGACAGGGUUGGGGAGCAGAGGCUACAUUUAUAUGCAUGGUCUGAGUCAGGCUCCUGCACAGCCAUGGAGGCCUCCGGGUACAGCAAGUGGAGCAGUGGGCCUGAGGAGGUCUCCAGAGGGCCCUGGGGACUCUGGGAGCGCUGGGGUUGGAGACCCCUCUUCAUAGCCAUAGCCCUGGUGGUCGCUGUUGUUCUGUGGGCCCUUGUUCUAAGCAUCUUAUUCUCCAAGGCCUCCACGGAGCGUCAGGCGCUGCUCGGCGGCCAAGACCUACUGAGGACAAAUGCAUCGAAUCAGACCGCGAUGCUGGGUGUCCUGAAGAAGGAGGUCGGAGGCUGCCGGAACUGCUGCUCGGAGACCCGUGCGCAGCUGCAAACCACGCGCGCGGAGCUUGCGGAGACGCAGAGGAAGCUGCUGCAGCAGGAGAGCUCCUUGAAUGAACUGCGCGAGCGAGUGACCCGGGACUUGGCCAAAGCAGGCGAGGACCGCGAGAACAUCCGCAGUGAGCUGUUCCGGGCGCUGGAAGCCGCCAAGUUUGGAAACAGUUCCUGCAAGGUGUGUCCCACGUCGUGGCUACCCUUCCAGGGUUCCUGCUACUUUUUUUCGAUUCUGCGGGCCAAGUGGGAGGAGGCGCAGCAGAACUGCGCAGACGCUGGCGCGCACUUGGUGAUUGUCGGGGGACUGGAGGAACAGGGCUUCCUGAGGCGGAAUUCCCGUGGCCAAGAAUACUGGCUGGGCCUCAGGGCCGUGCGCCUGGUGCGUAAAAUCCAGCGCUACCAGUGGAUGGAUGGCGUCCAGCUCAGCUUCAGCCACUGGAGCCAAGGGGAACCCAAUGACGCCAGGGGACGCGAAGACUGCGUCAUGAUGCUGCCUACAGGGCUGUGGAAUGACACACCGUGCAAAGGCGAGAAGGCCAACUGGAUCUGCGAGAAGCGGCACAGCUGCUGACCCCGUCCAGUGCCCUGCCGCCGCCCCUCCCCCUCCCCACCUUGCAACGCACACCACGGUUGAGCGUGGUGCGGCUCCCAAAUACCCUCUCCUGGCUCCCCUCCAGGUUUCCAGGGCCUGAUAUUCUGACUCCACCACCUCUCUCCCUAGCCAUGGACCAGCAAACUUAGGAUGGAGCAGUUGGUUUUUCCUGCGUUUCCCCCCAGACUGGGAAGCCUCAAGGACUCGGGAUUCCUGAGCUGUCUUGGCCAACUUAGGGCGCAUGAAUAAAUAUUUGAGAAAUGAAUCUUG